AUGGAUGGAAAGAGGAACAUUAACAGAACAUUUCAAUUACAGAAAUUUCAAGCGUAUCAAUUUCAGGCGAAAAAUGACAUUGGUGGCAGCAUAGUAACAUCUAACAAACCAGUAGCUGUUUUCUCAGGAUCUGUAAGCGCAAGUGUACCUGUUGGAAUAGGAGAUUAUCAGUAUCUAGUCGAGCAAAUGACACCAACCAACUACUGGACUACAAGAUUCAUAGUUCAACCUAUCUACCCAAGAAGACAUUUUGUUGUCAAAUUGUUUGCAAAUCAGGAUAACACAGAAGUACAUUAUAUCAACAGCACGAAUCACUUCGCCGUAUACAUGAACAAAAGGACUCUGGUGGAGUUGCUGUUUAGUACCGAUCCUGUAACCGUUCUAGCAAACAAGCCAAUCAGUGUGAUACAAUACGGACAUGAUGGUGAUAACAUGGACGGUGAUCCCUUCAUGUCGACCACACAAGGAAUCGCACAGUUCCAGAAUUCUUAUAAAUUCGUUACACAAAAUUAUCAUCCCAGAGGAAGCAAUACUGUAGCCAUUACAAUUCUAAAGAACAGUACAGGCGGACUUCUACUGAAUGGUCACAAUGUGUCUUACUGGAAUGCUAAGGAUGUGUCAGCGUCUCCUCCAAUGGAUCAAUAUAUUACUCUCUUUGUUAAUGUCUCAUACAACAGUUACUAUCAUUUACAUCACAGCAGUGGAAUAAAGUUUGGGGCUGUCAUUUAUGGACGCGUUAGUAAAUCUGCUGCGUAUGGCUAUCCUCUUCAGCUGUCAUUUACCGAUGGAGACUGUCAAACAACUAUGUACACUGGAACAACCACAGUCACGAAAUCGGUGCAUUAUAACUCAACAAUACAGGGAGCUACUAUGUAUACACAAACAACCGCAGUCACCAAAGCCCUGUAUUAUAACUCAACAACCCAGGGAGAUAAAGGUAGAUGGUGUUUCCGCUGCGACGGCAUGACACAUUUGCAGUAUUGCGACUGGGUUGAGAGAUGCCAGACAGAGGAUGAGGUGUGUUAUGUGCAAAGCUACAGCAGAAGCAGUCAUGGCAAUCUUUACAGAUCAGGCUGUAUUAACCCACAGCAAUGUACGAGCGGUGAUGGAAAUGGUAGUUGUGUACAAUGUUGUAAUGACAAUUUCUGUAACAGCAAAGGAUGUGGUGACACAGGGUUUCAACAACUCGGACAGAGAGGACCUAUUUGCUUCGACUGUACUCACAUGGGUGAACAUGAGACCUGCAACACUGUACAACUCUGUAGUGCCAAUCAGGUGUGCAUGAUUGAAAAGUAUAAAUGGGGAGAGAGCGACCUCCACAACAAAAUGGGGUGUAGCGAUGCACAGGCAUGCGCAAGCAGACGUUCAGUUCGAGGAUUGGCUGCUCGCCAUUCACCUGUUUGCUCACACUGUUGUCACACUGAUUUUUGCAACAUGAACUGUACAUUUGUGGAUACAGGUGUACCUAUAAUUGGUUAAGCAAUGGAUUCAAGUUGGCCGGAUAAAACAUGACAAUUUCUUUUCGGAAUGUUUCAUUUUCAGUGAAAUGCAUAAACAUGAUGUAAUUUA